CAAGUGGCAGUUGAGGCGCGGCGGUGCAUCGUGAGUCACAUGCUCAUUGUUGAUGUCGCGUUCCGUUACUCCUUAUCGCUUUUUUAACAAUUUUUAACUGCGAGAAUUUAUCGAGAUUGUGAUGGUGCAAAACGUCGCGUUCGCGUUCAUUGCCAUCGUUCUGGUACUCUUAUAAUGGAGAACAAUUGUGAAAUAAUAUCUACGAUAACGAACGGCACUCGUCAUCGACGUCGUCGUUAUCGUUCGACGCUCUGAUAGCCACAAAAAUUUGAGAUAUCUACGAAGAUCCAAGACGAUCUACCAAUCAUCGAGAUCGUCGACAAGUGGCACUUGUAACGAAAUGCCACAGCGCGUAAAAUGUUAUCAUAAAGCACGAAUUGUCGUGAUGACCUCGAACAUUUUGAGGUUAAACCCGCCGUUCUUCACAUACUUGCCACGUUCGUGCCAUCGGCGGGAGCCCUAACUCCUUGGAACCAGCCGCGCUGGACGCAAAAGAGCGCGAUAAUAAUGGCGUUCUUGCAACGAUAACUGUAUUAAUUGCUACCUCAUUGGAGGAGCGAUAAUAUCAACCUAAACGUGGUACGUUAUCUUGUUUCAGUUAUUGUGCAACAUGGCUUUGUGGCGAUACUCGUGGGUCUUGUUACUACCAGUUUUGACAUGUGUUCAGGGAGAUCAUGUCCUUAGGGCAUCAACACAGGAUUUAAAAAUACAACUCAAUCAGCAGAGCUCAUUCAACUUAUCACUAACGGAACCGUUAGAAUCUGAUAGCAGACCUGCAGUCGUUACGAUAGAUGUACAGCAUCCUGAUCUGCUAUCUACAAACCCAUCAAACUUUUCUAUUAUACCGGGAGACUCAAAAAUAGACUGGAUUAUUUAUGUUAAAGGCCUGAGCGCAGGUCAUUUGAUUGUUAGCGCUAAUGUAACCCCUAGUAAUAUCACGGAUUUCUCCCAAGCAUUUGUUAGAAUAACAAUAGAGAAAUCAGAUACAUUAUAUCACAUCAGUGCUGUGGUUGGAUGGAUAUAUUUUUUAGCAUGGAGCGUAAGCUUCUAUCCACAAAUCUAUAUUAAUUAUAAACGUAAAAGUGUUGUGGGUCUUAAUUUUGAUUACGUGUCACUAAAUCUUGUCGGUUUUCUUAUGUACGCACUGUUCAAUUGCGGCCUAUACUGGAUACCUGAGAUUGAGAAAGAAUAUUUCGAACGAUAUCCAAAAGGCUUGAAUCCUGUACAAAUCAAUGAUAUAUUUUUUUCGUUACAUGCAGUAUUUGCUAGUAUAAUAGUUAUCGGACAAUGUUUUAUUCAUGAGACUGGUAAUCAAAGAGUAUCAACGACUGCACGUAUUAUCCAUGGGAUAUUUGCGACUUUUAUACUAAUAUCUUUGAUAUUAUCUGCCAUGAAGACAAUCCAAUGGCUAGAUUUUCUCUAUUACUGUAGCUACGUUAAGCUUAGCGUAACGCUUAUUAAAUACGUACCGCAAGCAUUUUACAAUUAUAGGAGAAAAUCCACUGUCGGCUGGAGCAUAGGAAAUGUAUUUUUAGAUUUUACGGGUGGCAUUUUAUCAAUGCUACAGAUGAUACUCAACGCUUAUAACUAUGAUGAUUGGGAGAGUAUUUUUGGAGAUCCAACCAAAUUCGGUCUUGGAUUCUUUUCUGUGGCAUUUGAUGUAUUUUUCUUAAUUCAGCACUAUGUUCUGUACAGAAUGAUCACUUCGCUCGCACGAAUUGGCAACUCUGUGACUGUCUUGCAGAGAAGUUUUAAUUGCUGGACGGCGGCGAUAACGAAGAAGCACAGACCAAUACACGAACGAACGUAUCCUACAACACUCGUUUUUUCUGAUGGUAGUAGUAUAGAGAUCGAGUAUCAUGAGCCACGGAAGAUAAUAGUUCUACCGCUGAAUCUCGCGGAACUUACAGAGGCAGAACAGAAGCAGAGACUCGAAAUGCGUAAGCCGAAAAGUAAAAUAGUUAUAGUCGAAGAACUUGAGGAUAACUUCGAUGAAAAUAGAUAUCUCAAUUUUAACAAGUGAUUACUCAAAUCAUUUGAAAUGUACUAUAAAUAUAUUAUAAAUGUUAUUUGUGUGAAAAUAUGUAUUCAUUGAAACCUCUGAAGGUUUUAUUUUUUGUCUAAUGUAAUGUUUAUAGAUAAUUCUAUAUAUUCAUAGUAGAUAUUACUGUAAACUUUUGUAAUAUACUAAAAUAUAUCAUAAUUUAAUAACAAAUAAAUUUAAUUAUUUCUGUAAUUAUUGAACAGUACUGUAAAUUGUACUUAUGAUAAAAUAUAAUAUGUUACAUAUGAAUGUUGAACUGAUACAAGUGAUGUUCCAUAUAAAUACAGAUUUCCAAUCUUUAUAAUAAUACAAUAUAACAGCAUAAAAAAUAAAAUUCUACAUAACGCGAAAA